CGGCCCCCCUCCACUCGCACCCUCCCGCGUUUUCCGCCAUGUUGCAUCAUAUUGCGCACCGUGUUGAUCGCACGAAUGUACCAGUGUUGAUUGAAAAAACCAAAGAGCCGAUUUCAAAUAAAGAAUUGACUCACGAGUCUUCAAACAGCUGUGCAUAAUCCCAAUGAGACGAUUAAAAUUGUGAUUCAAUGAGACAGUGCCUUCCUUGGAGUGACAACUUAUUGUGCAGUUUUUGACCAACCGUUGACACACUCGCGGGCGCUCGGUAGGGCAAAAUGGCGUGAUUUCACCGAAUAAACGAACAAAACAAGUGCUCCACUCCCCUCACCCCCUGUUACCCAGGCAUCCGCCAGCCCCUUCCCGCCCAAAUUAUUUCACCAUCGCCAAAUGUUUUUGAGGUUAGGUGAAACUUGUGCGGGAUUUUUUUAACCCCAAAUCGUCGGUUUAUCGUGUAUAAUGUGAUUGAGUUUGUCGAUUAAUGGUGGUUUUAACUAGUGGACUUAUUUUAAUUGAAUUAUGUGGACGUAAUGCCCGCAGGCGGUAACAGUCGUUUCCGUGGUUACCCAGCGCGGAUGUCCGAGCGACAACAGCUUGCACUUCUGCUGCAAAUGACAUCGCAAGAAAUCGUACCCUCAGGUGUAACUCGUUCAGAAAAUCUCUCAAAUCAGUCAACUCCACGAUCGUCUUCCCUAGUUCAUCAACGGGGCUCGAAGAGCCGAUGGUCCACCAAAGCUGGCGAAUCACCGACGUAUCGUAAAGAGGACUACUCUCGGCGAUCGAUGAUCUUCAAUGGAUAUGAAAUCGAUAAAGAGUCUCAUGAAGCCAGAGAGGCGAAUCCGUCGGAGGAGACAUCCUCUCCUGACAGUCCACGCUCGCCGUCAUCCGAGACCGGCACCGGUGCGCCUCCCAUCGUUCGACAGGACCAACACGAUAUUCAGAAUUACCAACACAGUAAAGUUUAUCAGUAUCAACGGCCGACCGGAACUACGUCGGCCGGAAACAAACAGGACGCUGAGGACAGUGGAGACCUCUGUGAAAUGCGUAGAACACCCCCGCAGAAUAAAGUGGACAGAUCGGGAAGUGGUACCGGAAGUUCGCCUCGCGUGACCCUGCGGCUGAAUCAGGUGCGGGGAGUAAGGGAUGAUAAGAAAUCUGGUAGUAGCUCAAGACAGAGCAUGAGUGGUGCUAAUCAGGGACAGAUGGAGACAGCCAAGUCCACAGCCUCGACUGUGCAGGGGUCGUCGUCCACAACAACGACGACAACCGCGGGGGUGACAUCGACCCCCUCCGGCAUAACUUCGAGUGCUGGGACGCCUGCAGUGGAUAACAGCGAUGUCUACGAAUUCAAGAGCUCGAAGGAGGCCACACCGGUGAGAGGGGCGAGCUCAUCACCGAAUCCUCCGGAGAAGGAGAGAGACGGCUCGAAAACAAAUAGCGGUGCGUCCCAAGCGGAAGCACCACCGAGUACUUCGGAGAGCACUCCUGCGACUGCUGGGGGGGCUGGCGCGACUGAAGGGGCGUCUGUUGGAUCACCCGGUGCCAAACGGCCGUAUGAUGGUACUGAGGAUGAGCAGGACGAGGAAAACAGGAGGAAAAAGAAGAAGGACUCCGAGGGGAGUAAAGAUGCCAAGGGACCGGCGAGUGGAAGAGCCACCACUGGGCGAGCUGCUGUGGGAGCCACUGAUAAGUCAGACAAGCUCGCCUCAGUCGUAACAGCCUCAUCUAUUGUUGAACAGUGCCCCAAGACCGGAAAACAGGGUGCAGUACCGCCAGGUAAGCCCCAACAGUCGUCCACACCCGCGGAUCGUAAGAGCCCCAGCUCGAUAUCAGCAAGUAGUCCCAAGCCCCUGGCAACACCACCAACAAAGACAAGUACCCCAGCCCCAGAGUCCGACAGUGAAGAGGAUCGUCCCAAGAGCUCAGACUCCUCAUCCGCCCCAAAGGUUCCACCCCUGAAAAUCGUGAUUCCCCAGACGACUGAGCAGGAGCAAACGAGAAACGGUAAGAAUCCUUCGACGAGGGGUCACCAGUUGCCCUACGUGGUGGCGAGUUCCAACUCCAACGACUCGACUGACAAGGACCAGACGCAGUCGACGUCUGGCACGACGAGUCCCACAGAAGCAUCAGGAUCCUCAAAGUCAGACGAGAAGAAAGACUUCUCAGGGGCUAUUCACAAUGAGGAGAGGUCAAUCCAUCAUCAGAGAGUCCUCAGGAGUGCCCACAGGGGCAAUGGAAAUGGUGCCACCAACUCCAAGGACUUGUCAAAUCAAUCAGGAAACGGCAGCUACUCGAAUUCAUCACCCCUUCCAGCAACUGAUCGUUCAAAUAACUCGUCCCCCCAACCUCCGGCCAGUGAAGGACCGGCAGAAUCAACGAAAAACUCAUCAGAGCCAGCGCCGGCUGCACCCAAGGCCACUUCCAAUUCGGAGAAGGCGGAGAAGAGUGAGGGCAAUGUGAAGACCACGAAAGAGAGUUCAGAGGGCUCUGAAAACUCUUCUGGAUCUUCCAAUGCCAGUGCCAGUGUGUCCACUGCUGCUCCUGUCGAGCUGCACCCCCGGAAGAGGAAGAUGAAGCCGAGCAAGGAGGCACAGCAGGCGGUGGCUGCUUCUAAUGAGGCCAGCGAGACUGCUAAUGCUGGAACUGAGGUCCAUCCACAUGAUCAGCCCAUCACCAAUUGUUAUCAGCUGUUCUUGAAUAUCAGGAAGCAGAUCGAGAGGAGAAGGAAGGGGCUGUUUCCCGUGCAGCCUAAACCACCCCAGGGCUUCAAGGAUUAUCUGAUGAACAGGUGCACUUAUGUACUGGCGGGGAACGCCAGUAAGGAACCCAAUAUCAAUCCUCCUGGGAGCCUCCAGGGGCCUAUGAAGGAGUUGUACAUCGAGCAGGAAAAGGAGAGGUACAGGUUAAGGAUGCAGCAUGUCGUAGAGAAGGAGAAGCUUGUCCUCUCGGUGGAGCAGGAGAUCCUGAGGGUCCAUGGGAGGGCUGCCAGGGCACUGGCCAAUCAGAUACUGCCUUUCUCAGUCUGUACUAUCCUCAAGGACGAGGAAGUAUACAAUGUCAUCACUCCUGAGCAGGAGGAGAAGGACAGAAACCAGAGGAGUAGGUACAACGGAAGACUUUUUCUCAGCUGGCUCCAGGAUAUUGAUGACAAAUGGGAAAAAAUCAAGGAAGCAAUGUUGUUGAGGCAUCACAACGAAGCAGAGUCUCUGCAUGCAGUUCAACGAAUGGAUUGGGAGUGGAAGCUGAAGGAAGUUGGCCUCUGCGAGUUUAAAGCGACUCCUCAGAUCGACGAUCUUCAUGUACCCAUUGUUCACGUGUCGGAUGAUUUUGAUCUCCUCCCAGCUUAAAUUGGUCGUUUAUGAGGAGGGGUAUUCAACUCCCGUUCAGCCCCAUUAUUUUUUCAGAUUUUCAGCGUCACGAAUAAGGAAAAAAACAUUAUGUAAAAAUACCUCAUUAUGUCUGGAGUUGAAAAAAAUGUAUCCAGAAUCAUCGUCAAUAUUUCUUAAUCAACAUAUGUAAAGCCACGUACUGUGAUCUCUACUUCAUUUCAACAAAUUCUUCAAACAAAUACAUCAAUCCACUGUAAAUAUUUUGUUAUUAGAGAUGUUAUGGUAAGAAUAAAGAGAUUUUUUGGGAUAUAAUAGUAUGGACUCGAUUCAACUGUAAACUAGUUUACUUUAAUCAUUUUUUUGUCUGGGAGCGGUCACAGAUUUGAGGUCUUUUUCACCUUCUAAUUGGAAGUCCAUGGGUUUAUCGUAGCCGAGGAUUCUACUGUAGUGGUCGAUGUCUGUGAAGUUUUCGAAGUUGAAUAAAAGGGGCGUAUCGUGUACAUAGCAGGUUGUGAGUAGCUCACGCAUUGCUGGCUUCGACACGUCCUCUGGAGUGAAUUCAAUCUAUAGAAUCAAAUUAAUUGCAUGUGAAGAAAAAAAGGUUUGUCAUUCCCUCGAAAUUUCUAAUUAAUGAAUUUCUCACCUGUCUCUCAGACGCAAAAAAAGUGUAUACACUAGCGGUAUAAACAUCCCUCGUAUCAUCGUAUGUCAUCUUCGUCACAUAUUUUCGAGUGACAAGGUGUAGCAGAAUGGGAGUCCCGACACCGAAGCAUGCAGUUAACAAGAGAGUACCACCGAGAGCAAGUACGUUAUUACUAGCCAGGAUCGUUGGCAUGAGAUACCCUUGCAUCACAAAAUUCACGAUGGAGGUGGUGAAUGAGAACAACUUCACACGUUUAAUAUUCGCCGAGAACGACCCAAUGUAGAUUGUUCUUGCGUAAUUGUCUUCUGUGCUGUGAAGUCGCAGCUGUGAUAUUGACGGCAAUCCCUUUAAUCAUCAACAUUGUCAAUCAAUAGUAAUUCGAUAUUGGCUGAGUGAAGUUCUGCAAUGUUUUUCAUUUUGAAAAUAUCGUUUAAAAUUUCCAAUUCUACUUCCUCACGUCCAAAUCACGAUCGAGGAGGAUCGUUCUCACAUUUUUCCUAACUGCUAAUAAAGUUUAUGGAUUUUUUAAAUCGAUUAUUAUUACCUUUUUCGUGAUGUGAUUGACUAUCCUAUUGGGAGUCAAUUUAUUGAAGUUUGAUGCUUGCACUGUGAAGGUACAAGUGCUGGUGAAAAUCCUCGCCUUCCAGAGGAAAGACAUUUCUCACUGAAUCGAUUGGGCUCUUGUG